CGGCGCCCAUGGCCUCCACGCGUCACAGCACGGCUGCGAACUACAACUACCGAAGUGCUUUGCGGCUGACCCUCAACCUCACGCCUGCGGUGUGCUCCCGCCUCCUGAGCCCUCGCUCUCUCUGUGUCCGCCGCCGCACGCUUGUGCACACGGGAGACCGCUGGACGCCAAAAUGUCGGGUGACGAUGAGCAGCAAGAGCAGACGAUCGCCGAGGACCUGGUGGUCACUAAGUACAAGAUGGGGGGCGACAUCGCCAAUAGGGUCCUGCGCUCACUUGUGGAGGGAGCCACCGCAGACACUUCUAUCCUCAGCCUGUGUGAAAAGGGCGAUGCCAUGAUCAUGGAGGAAACUGGCAAGAUUUUCAAAAAAGAAAAAGAAAUGAAGAAAGGGAUCGCGUUUCCAACAAGUGUCUCGGUUAAUAACACUGUGUGUCACUUCUCCCCUCUGAAGAGCGACCAAGAUUACCUCCUGAAAAAGGGGGAUGUAGUUAAGAUAGACCUAGGAGUCCACGUAGAUGGUUUCAUUGCUAAUGUUGCACACAGCUUUGUUGUUGGUGUGUCCAAGGAUUCACCGAUCACUGGCCGUAAAGCUGAUGUUAUCAAGGCCGCACACCUUUGUGCAGAGGCAGCUCUCCGUCUUGUAAAGCCUGGAAACCAGAACACGCAGGUGACUGAAGCAUGGAACAAGAUUUGUCCGUCGUUUAACUGUGCACCCAUUGAAGGGAUGCUUUCUCAUCAGUUGAAGCAGCAUGUCAUUGAUGGAGAGAAGACUAUUAUUCAGAACCCCACUGACCAGCAAAAGAAGGACCAUGAAAAGGCAGAAUUUGAGGUUCAUGAGGUUUAUGCAGUUGAUGUUCUUAUCAGCACUGGAGAAGGCAAGGCAAGGGAUGCUGGCCAGAGGACAACAAUCUACAAAAGGGACCCAACAAAGCAGUAUGGUCUGAAAAUGAAAACCUCCCGUGCCUUUUUCAGUGAAGUUGAGAGACGUUUUGGUGCUAUGCCAUUUACUCUCAGGGCCUUUGAAGAUGAGAAAAAGGCUAGAAUGGGUGUAGUGGAAUGCGCCAAACAUGAGCUUCUCCAGCCUUUCAAUGUACUUUAUGAAAAGGAAGGAGAGUAUGUUGCACAAUUCAAGUUCACAGUACUCCUGAUGCCCAAUGGCCCCAUGAGGAUAACUAGUGGCCCCUUUGAUCCAGAUUUGUAUAAAUCUGAACUUGAGGUUCAAGAUACAGAACUGAAGGCACUACUGCAAAGUUCAGCCAGUCGGAAGACCCAGAAGAAGAAGAAAAAGAAGGCUUCAAAGACUGCGGAACAGGCCACUGCUGAGGAUAAUGAAGGCACAGAGUGAGGACCUCAUGGAGGGGUUUGACUUCGACCUGCCAGUUUGUUUUUUAGUGUUUGCGUUACUUUUUGCCUCUUUCCCCUCUUCCCAAGAAAUAUUGGAAAACAAAAGCUUCUGCUGGGUGAUCUCAUGAAUGGAUUCAGGCCUCCCCCGCCCUCUUUACAAAACAUGGACAUUGAGGGAAAAGUCUUCUUGGAAUUUACAUCAGACUACUUAACCAAAAAAUAUAUAUAAAAACAAACAAUAAAAUCAGGCAUAAAACCAGUCGUAAGGCCCUCUUUCUAAAUAAAUGUUGUUUUUUUAGGAUUGGAGCAAGUCAUCCUUUAUCAAUGAUACCACUGCCGCCACUAAGUCUCCAGAAUCUUUCUCUCCGCUCUCAGGCGGCUCUGUUACUGCUUUACAGAACUCUCCAUUUCUUCCUUUUUCCUCUUGUGUGAAUUUCAUGCCAUUUCUGGACAGGCAAUGCUAAAACUGACUGUUCAAUUCACCAGUAAGUAGGUUACGAUGAGCGAACUGUGCACUAGUUCUGGAGGACUUUGGAAAUAUGUUGUGUUAAUAUUGCAAAGCAAUGGUUUUUGAGAAGUUCCUUCUACUUAUAAUUUUUUUUUUCCUAACAAUUGGCAGUCCCAAAGCUAGAGAAGCUUAAAAUGUAAUGCAUUUAUCCUGCCACCCAGGACACAGCUGAUUCAGUGUUGGCAUUCUGUACGGUCUUCCUUCAGUCUAUUGUAGAAACCUUUCUUACUAUAAGGGUAGGGUAUUUUAUGCUGCAGAUCAGACGGUGACCCGAUCCAUAGUGUGCCUCCAGCUGUUGCCACUGCCCCGCCUCCUGGCCUGUUCUAAGCAGCUAUCCAUUGCUCAGAGCAGCCACACACGGGCCUGUGAGUCGUCGAGUGCACUCGCAGUGUACUGGGACAUUGCGGAGCAGCCGAGAUGUCUGAGUACACGGUGCUUGCACGCAGCGACUCGCAGGCACGGUGUGGCUGCUCUGAGCUGUUGACUGCAGCUGUGAGCAGGCAGGGGGGGUGGGUGGCUACAGCUGGAGGCACACGAUGGGUCGGGUCACCGGCAGAUCUGCAGCGUAAAAUACGCUGCGGAUCUGUUACGUGUGACCCUACCCUAAGUCAGUGUUUCCCUACCUGUGGCUCAUCCCAUGUCAUGCCAUGUUUAGCAACAGCAGGAGGGCCACAUGUUUGGAACACUGCUAUGAGGAAUAGCUUAGUACCUACACCGUACUACUUUGCACUUGUGUAUCUGCAAGAUUUGCAGACUGCCAUGAGCGCAGCAUAUGUUACUUACCCUGUUCCUUCCACUUAAACCCUAUCCUGUUAUAUGUAGAUAAAUGUCCACUUUUUUAAUAAGCUUGGUGAACAUUAAAGCACUUAGCAGAA